CGCCGGCUCGAACCGCGUUUCCGCAUCAGGUGACCAGAGGGCCACGUGAACACUUAUUGCCGGCCCCGGGUCACGUGACAGACUCCCGUCUCUUCGGAAAUGAAGCCGCUGUACGGCGGGGUAGAGGGAGGAGGGACCAGCUCGAAUGUUGUGUUGAUUGCUGAAGAUGGAACCAUUGUGGCGAAGGCAGAUGGACCUUCCACCAACCACUGGCUGGUUGGGGUGGACCAGUGUUUGUCAGCCAUCAAUCAAAUGGUCGAGGAAGCCAAGAUGCAUGCUGGCAGUAACCCAGGAGUACCACUCAAGUCCUUGGGAAUGUCGCUGAGCGGCGGAGAGCAGAAAGAAGCCAUCAACAAACUGGUUCAGCUCCUGAGGGAGAGGUACCCAAACCUGAGUGAGAAAUACCACAUCACCACGGAUGCAAUAGGAGGGAUAGCCACUGCCACCAAUAGGGGCGGAAUCGUGCUGAUCUCGGGAACGGGCUCCAAUUGCAAGCUCGUCAAUCCGGACGGGUCCGAGAUCGGCUGUGGAGGCUGGGGUCACCUGCUGGGAGACGAGGGAUCCGCUUAUUGGAUAUCCCACUUGGCUAUCAAGACUGUGUUUGACGCCACGGAUAACUUCAAGUGCACACCCUAUGACAUCUCGCUGGUACAGAAGGCCAUGUACAAUUACUUCCAGAUAUCCAAUCGGAUGGACCUCCUUACUCACUUCUAUCGGAGCUUUGAGAAAUCUAAAAUUGCUGGACUUUGUCAAGUAUUAGCCAAAGUGGCAAAAGAUGGAGACGCGUUGAGCUGCAGUAUGUUCAGAAGAGCAGGACAGGAACUGGCUCGGCAUGUCGUGGCUGUGAUACCGGCUGCAGACAAGAUACUUUUUGAGGGGGAGCUUGGUCUACCGAUAGUCUGCGUGGGAUCGGUUUGGAACAGCUGGGACCUGCUCAAAGACGGGUUUCUCAAGGUGCUGGCGGAAGCGAGGCAGAAGCCGGCGGAGAAACUGCUGUCCAAGUUCUCCCUGAUGAAGUUGAAGCAGCCGUCGGCGGUUGGAGCAGCCAGUCUUGGCGCCAGGCACAUUGGUUACGAUUUACCAAUGCGGUACAUGGAUAAUGUGACAGUCUUCUACACACACUGCUACUAACCCCAGUGAACCUGCCCGUCGUGGAGGCAGGGGAUUAUGUGGCUUUGACCAGGGAGCCUGCUUGAUCGGAGAUGUAAAUAUGACGUAAUUACGGACACUCAGUGAUUCCUUUCCAUGCCUGUACUUUGGAUGUUUACCAAUCAAAGGUUUAAUUGCAAUCUAAUCAAUCAUGUCCUUAUCAGUAACACAGUCCUGGAAAACAAUAUCAUUCACUUUCUGCCCCUCUCUCAGGGCAACACUUAAACAGGGGUGGGAGUUAUUGUGCACAACUUUCUACCCCUCUCUCAGGGCAACACUUAAACACAGGUGGGCGUUACUGUGCACAAGUUUCAGUCCUGCACAACUGCGAUCUGAUCUUCAGGUGCCAGGCAAGGGGGUCAGCAUCAGAUGACAGGUGCAGGGGGGGGUCAUCUUUAGGUGUCAGACAUGUGGGGGGCAUGUGUGGGUCACCUUUAGUUGACAGCCAUGUGGUGGGGGGGGUGUCAUCAUUAGGCACUGGCGGCGUGGGGUUACUAUUAAAUGUCGGCCCGGGAGUUUGGGAGGGAGGUGUAUGGGCCACCAUUCACACCCACAACCCAUGUAGUGUUCUUGGUCUGUAUGAAGGUGUGGCAAGUGGUGGGAGAUGUGUUUGUGGAGUAUUGUCCAUCUUUUGCAUUUAGUCUGUGUUUUCUGAUGGUAGAAAGAGGCCAUUUGGCCCUUCAAGCCCAUGUCAGCUCAGUCCCAUUCUUUCCCUUAUUUUCUGUCUGUCUCCAUUGAUCUUCCUGCCAUCUCCUAACGCGCAACGUGUGUUUUACAGCAGGUGAUUAGUCUGCCAACACCCCCUGCCCUACUCCUUGACUCCCGCAAUUGCGAGGUGGGUGGGAACCAGAGCACCCAGGGGAAGCUCACAUGGUCUCCGAGAGGACGUUGUCAACGCCUGUCGUCGGAACCGAACCUGGGUCUCUGGAGCUGUGGGGCAGCAGCACUGCCCAAAGAACAUGUAACAAUUACUGACUGACCCGUUCGGCUCAUGGGUCAGCGAAAACGAAAUAGUGAUGUGCACCCUGAUAACAUUCCUGAAGAGAACUGUAUUUUAUUGGAGAUUGUCAGAAUAUAUUUGCACUUUCAUGACGGAUAAUGUUAUGAACCAUGAAAAUGCUUGUCUGUGU